AUGGAGAAACUUUUUUCUUGCUGCCCUGUGCUGGAAGAUUUGAGCAUACAUGGAAAUCAUGGAUUUUAUGGUUUGAAUUUCACCGUAUCUGCACCUGAACUGAAGACACUGAAAGUACAAUGGACAACGCAUGGUGAUUAUGAGAGGUGCAACUUUUAUGUUGUUGCCCCAAAGCUUGAAAAUUUUCAUCUCUGGCAGUAUCCUUCAACAGACUGUUUUUUGGAGAAUGCAAAAUCUCUAGUCAGAGUUACUAUUUCUCUACAAGACCACUUUGCCGAUGAAGACCGUCUCUUUGCUAUCCGUGGAACUGCGCUUCUGGCAGUAAUUUCCAAUGUUAGAUACUUGUCUCUUUCAGCACAUUGUUUGAAAGGGUGUUGUCUUCCUGUCUUUGAUAAGUUGAGCCGAUUGGAGCUUGCUCUCUGCAAUUGCUAUUACUGGGAACUGCUAAAAGAGCUUCUCAGGAGAUCACCUAAACUGGAAUAUCUUGUUUUAGAGCUGAAAGACAUCAUAUGCUCCACGGCACCUUCGAGUCAUCAAUGGAGUCCACCAGAGUCGAUACCUAUCUGUUUGUUGACGCAUCUCAAGACUGUCUCUAUAAGGGGAUUCAAGGGAAAACUGGAUGAGAUGGAUGUGGCAAAGUAUUUGUUAAACAACGGUGAAAUCUUGAAGAUGACGACUUUUUAUAGUGAGGAUCUUUUUCGUACCAAAGAGGAGUUAAAAAUGGAGUUGUCAAUGUGUCAAUGGGGUUCAAAGGCUUGCCAAGUUGAAUUUUUCCCGGCCAAAAAGACGAAGGCUUGUCAUUUUUAGGUAUGCGUUCUUGGGUUUAGGAUUGUCACAGAGGUGUCUCGGGUGGA